UUUCGAAUACGAAUGAAAUAAUUGAACAUUGAAUAAUCAAAACGGGAAAUUAUAGAUCGUCUCUCGAGUCCGUAACUAAAGUCACAUUGUUCCGAUAGCAAAUUUCUGAGAUUACCGCGUAAUCCCCUCGCAGCUGGCUAAUUAGAAUGGGUUAAUGAUCGGGUGGAAAGUUCACUGGUCUCUGCGGUACAUAGAUACUGGCAAUACAUCAGAACAUGAAUAAACCGAAUCUCUCUAUUGAUUCAGUUGGAAAGCAAAUCGAUAACCGUACGAGGUACAGGGGCUCACUUCGUUACAAAUCGGCCAACUUUCGUCGGAUCGACGAAGGGACGAACCUCAUUCGUUGGGCCAAUUCCUUCACGCGAACUGAAUCGCCGAUUAAAAAGGCUCUUCAGUUCGAAUUCCGCGAUGAUCGUGAAAGCAACGUCGUUAUUUUUGUAGCUAUCUCGUUUCAAAAAUUCGAAACUAUUUAAAUUCAUCGUGUACGUUCGUAAUUAUACUUCGCAAUGGCUAAUCAAACUGAAUCAGAAAGGAAAGAUAUCGCAGUAUCGGAUACCGAAGAUGAUUUAGACGAGCAACAGAAACAAACAGAUAUACCGGAAACGGAAACGUUGGAGACGAAACCGCGUGUGCGGAAGUACAUGACGAAACACAUGAGAUUGUAUCCGGAAUUGUAUAGAAGCGAUGUAUCUAUACACCCGAGCUACACGACACUUAAGAAUUUACCCUAUAACGUCGUCUGUCGUCGUCGCGUGCAAUCCACCAGGAAACAGAUCAAACGUCAAUUGAACCGUGAGAUCAUGCAUUUCGCGAUGAUGCAAAUGUUUGCCAUUGACAGCGUCAGGAUCGACCGUGUCUUCAGCCUCGGGAUGCCACCGAAGACAUUGAUUAUCCCCGAUUUCGCAACCGAGAACCAGAGACGUCACAUCCGUCAACUUCUUCGUGAAAAAUGAACAACUAUCGUCGCGCUCGUUUGUAACAAAUAAAUAAAGGCAUGUUUGUAAGUUUGAU